AUGAAGGAAGCUUCAUCAAAAUCUGGCUCCCAAUCCAAUGUGGUUGAGUCUUCGCUUCCGUACAAAUCUGUUCGUUUGACCAAGAAGAUAUGCAAUGAUAUGAGCACGUUCAAAGGAACAAGAAAAAGGCUCACUGAAUUACAACAAAAGAUCAAUGAGAAACAUUCGAAAAUACGUUCUGGAGAAGAGAAAUUGGAAGUGAAUGAAGAAUUACGACAAAUUUAUGCCGAAUUCUUUGAAAAUACAAAGAAGGAACAAGAUUUAAUCAUUGUAAUUUUAGCACAACUUUCUUUGUUGGUAGAGAAGGCAGAGGAAAAACAGAAAGAAAGCGGAGUAUUCACACAACAAGCAAUAGCAACCGAUACAACACCUCAAGCUGAUUCAUUGGCUGCAGAGGGUGCAUCCAAUGUGGCCGUUCCAUCACAACCACAACAACCAACAACUCCACAAGCCACAGCCGUUUCAACUGAUGCCAUGCAAGUUGACGAGGAGGAUGAAGAAAUGGCUACAGCACCUAGUGGCAGCAGUGCAACAGCAAACAUUUCCGAUUCGGAAAAACAACCAGCUGGCAAAACAACAACAAGAACCACAAAGAAGAGACAAACAAAAGGUACAAAAUCAACAAAAGAGCCUGCGUCUGAACGAACAAAGACAGAGGCUCAACCCAUCACAACUGAUAAAUACUUACAGCUCGAUGAAGGGAUCCCAGUCAAAUCCAAAGUCGCUGCUAGAAUUAGUGGUGCAAGUGAGGAGAGUGGAGAUUCUGGUUUUUGGAUUUUGGCUUCAAUUCUCAAAUAUUAUCCCGAUAAGAAUCGCUAUGAUGUCAUUGACGAGGAUAAUAGCGAUGAUGAGUCCUCGACCUCAGAGCGUAAAACCUACAAGCUUAACAAGAAUCAUAUUGUACAGUUACCGACAGAUUUUUCACAACACAAGCCCUUUAAGAAGGGAGAACAGGUGUUUGCCGUCUUUCCUGAUACUACCACGUUUUAUCCUGCAAUUGUUGACACUGCACCAACAAAGAAUUCUAAGAAUUAUUAUUUGAAAUUUGAGGAUGACGAAGAAGACGGAAAGACACCACUUCGAAAAGUCAGUUUUAAAUAUGUAAUGCCUCUACCUAAAUAA